ACGCGCGCCGCCACCAUCGUUCAUUCAGAACCACCUGCUCGACGGGGUAGCAUCGUCUCGUCUUGUCUCGUUUCGGUGUCAUCUAUCAUCCGUGAUCGCAAAUAGGCAAAAGAGUGAACGAUUUUCUUUCUUUGGAAAUCAUCCUUGCAACAAGCGAAACACACCGUCGACAACCAUCGCGACAAGAUGAGAACCAAACUUCCCGCGACUUCCGGUCCCAUUUUCUCGCUCUACCUCUCGAUCGUUGUUCUACUCGUUCUGAUUUCCGUCAGCGACAAUGUGCAUGCCAAACCGCGAGAAGAAAGAAGUACUAAUAUCCGGAGGAAUACCAACUAUGUUCGCAAAGGUGGCUGUGCAUCAUUUGGGCAUUCGUGCUUUGGCGGCCAUGGAAAAAGAUUCGAUUCGACCAUACGACACAACACAUUGCAAGAAAGUAUUAGCCAGAAGUUUCAAGAAUCCGAAAUACCAUCGCCAAACGACGAAUUAUUCUACGUUUUUCCAAAUGAUGAAUUCCGGGAACGUUCAGACAAUUCAUUACCUUUCAUACGGACUCGCAAAGACACACAACAAUUUGAUCCUUAUCCCCUAUCAUCUUUAGUUGAUCAAUGGAUAGCAUCUCAUCGACGCCAGCAUCGCACAGAUAUAGACGUCACUAAUAAAUAAAGGGAGUGUACAGGCGAACUACCUACAUGUGUCAAGAUUAAGCAGUUUCGUAUCACGCAUAUAUAUUUAAAAAGAAUUAUUUAUGUUAUUUAGAUUAUUUAAUUAUACUUACAUCCGAU